GCCAUAGGAAUUUAAACGGGGAUAUAAGUAUAAGAACGCGGAGACGGGGAAUCGUUCGCGGUAGUGUGAGGUACAAACGCGCCACGGCCACCACACCUAGUGCGCCCACAACAGAACGAGGGACAGACGAGGACAAACACGGCCAUGCGCGUCGCGGUGAUUUUUUUCGCGUGUAUUGCCGCGUGUUCGGCACAAUAUCAAGAAGGACAAAAAGGGGCAUCGAUCCCAUUACGAGCGACGCGUUAUCAAAAAUUACCGCCACCUCUUCGGCCAAGUGCUGGACCACCACCUGCUUUUCCUAAUCAGCGACUUCGCCGACCGAUUGCCUUCAGACCUCGAGGACCUGGGGACGAUGCACCUGGUACGUUCCGUCCACUUCGACCGAAUGUGCCAGGGGCCGCGCCAGUAUUCGCGCAGCAUGUGAAGCCGGUGAACGAGGUGCCCGAGGAGGAGGACGUGUCACGCGAGUCUAUCCGCGAUAACGAGAAUUCUCGCGAUUUGAGUCAGGAAUUGAACACCGAAGAGGAGGUGAGCGAGGAAGUACAGCGCGUGACGUCUAAUCCAUCAUCGGUGCGGCCGCUCGGUGCUUCGGUACCGCUGGUUCCUGGACCGCCAUCGUAUCGUCCACCCCAAGUAUCGGUGACGCCGACGAACGUCGUCCGCGAAAGCCUCGCGACGCCAGCCCCGCAGCCCAUUCAAUACCGUCCGACGCAGAAACCCACAAAGGCUCCAAGGAAGCAGAUCGUCGAUGAUGUCGCGUUUAGACAACCGAUCAAGCCGCCGCCUAAACCGAUAAAACCGUCCCAGGCUUACGAGAUUCGCGGCAAGAAGCCGGUAGCGCAGAUCAUCAGGCGAUAUCGACACGACAACGAGGACGGUUCCAUCACGUGGGGCUUCGAAAACGAUGACGGGUCGUACAAGGAGGAGACGAUCGGCGUGGAUUGCAUAACGAGCGGCAAGUACGGAUACAUUGAUCCGGACGGACUUCGACGCGAGUAUACAUACGAAACCGGGAUCAAGUGCGACGAGGAACAACGGGAGGAGGAGGAGAAUGGCUUCGUGGAUUACCAGGAGAACAAGCUAGUACUUCCAGAUGGAAAGACCAUCGAUCUUUCGUCGAUGGGCAAAAAGCAGGCGCGACGGCCUCAAUUUCAAUAUAGAAAUUAAAGGACGAGAUUAAGUCGCGUUUCCACGCAUAUUCGCCAUCAUCCUCGUUACCCUUAACAUAUAUUAUAAUUCAUAUGCGAUAUCAUAUUCGUGUUUUUCUAAGAUUUAAUUAGAGUUGAUAAAUAAGAUAUCGAGAACUUAGCAUCAGUUAUAUCCUUAGCGUACUGUAAUACAUGUAAGAUUAUGCAUUUAGUGUAAAUGACACGUUUAAUAAAUAAGUUAAUGUAUAUAUAAA